UCUUUGCAUGUGAAGACUGAGGAAGAGUAAGAGGACAAUUUGGUAGUCGCCCCCACGUCUGGUUUCCGUAUUUUGUGGGUGGGAACUACAACCUCUAGUCUUCGCCAUUACACGAAAGAAGCUUUCUCGAGAACCCCAGGGGAAUUCGAAGAUUCCAACCUGUUCUCACAAAGUUGCAAAACGCCUAUAACCGAGGAGGCGGCGUAGGUAUGGCUUCAAUGAGUUUUUUAGAAUAUUUGGAGAGUAGUGUUGCAUUAGCCCAUUGGUGUUCUAGGCUGUAGUUGUCACGGUCUACUGUUUAUGGUCGAGUUAAAGCUCAAAGUUUUUUAGUUUGUUGGCAUGGAUUGUGUUGGCACAAGGGUUUUCUGAACGGGUUUUGCUCGGUAUUUUUUCUAUACUGGGAUUUCCGAGCUAUUUAGUGUUUGGAGAAUCUGGGUGUUCCAAUUGAAGGAAUUCUGGUAGAUUGUUUUGCAUCGGUUUAUUGAAUUGGGUUUUUCGGGGUUCUCAAUUCUGAGAGAAGAUGACUGUGUUUACCUAUUUUGCCAUGAGGAAGACCUCUUUAUGUAUUAAAUUGAGCUCUGUUGUGAUGUGGAGUUGUAUUGUUUUUAGGAAAAAUGAGGCAUUUCGAUGUUGCUGAUUACUCUGAAAUUUCAAAUUUGGUAAUGGAUGUGUAAUAGUGCACUUUCAUUGUGAGGGGAGAAUCAUAGAAAGAUGGCUUCAACAACCCCAUCUGCGGAUUCACCAACGUCCUCUGCAACCUCACCACCACCACCUUCUUCCCCUUCUCCAUCAAAUUCUUCAACUUCCCCGCCUCCUACAGAAUCCAGGCCUAAUCAGACUCCUGCCACCCCGGCACCUUCAACCCCACCUCCUCAGUCUCCUCCACCAGCAGUCUCUGCGGCUCCUCCUCCAUCGACGCCAGCUUCACCCCCACCAGCAUCAGCUCCCCCUCCAACCUCACCAUCACCACCUCCACCACCUUCCCCACCAACAACCUCACCACGACCUCCAGCUUCACCCCCUCCAUCUGCCCCUCCUCCAGCAACUUCGCCACCCCCUCCAGAUUUUUCACCACCGCCACCACCACCAUCUGGAGGUUCUUCUUCUCCCCAAGCCUCUCCUACGCCUCCAGUGCCAUCCCCACCUCCCCCCCAAGAUUCAUCGCCUUCUUCAUCUCCACCACCUCCUGCCAAUGUCCCGGCACCGCCUUCUUCCGAUUCUCCGCCUCCACCAGUGGCAAAGUCACCAACGAAUUCUCCUCCCUCUCCUAUACAUACACCUCCUCCAUCUAAAGCUGCCCCUCCUACCCCAGAUACGGCAUUGGCAUCACCUCCUCCUCCAGCUACCUCUCCUUCACCUCCUCUGAUUUCUUCUCCUGCUUCUCCAAGUAAUUCCUCUGCUGCUGGAAGUCCCAGUAAGUCAACUGCACCUUCUUCUAUUACUCAUGUAACAGAAAAUGAAAGAUCUACAAAUACAGGUGGGUCAAGCACGAUAGUAUCUGUGGCAAUUGGCGUUGUAGUUGGGGUCCUAGUAAUUAGUCUUCUUGUGAUGGCCGUGUGGUUCUUACAGAAACGCAAGAAAAGGAGAACUGGAAGGAAUGCAGGCUACCCCAUGCAUUCUCCAUUUGCGUCCUCCCAGAAUUCAGAUUCAUUAUUUCUGAAGCCCUAUUCUCCAGAUCCCCUAGUCGGAAAUGACUCUGUUGGAGAGUUCGUGUAUACACCAUCAGAGCCAAGCGGUGUAGGCAAUUCACGGUCAUGGUUCACUUAUGAAGAAUUAGUCAAUGCCACAAAUGGGUUCUCAGCACAGAACCUUUUGGGUGAAGGUGGAUUUGGUUGUGUUUUCAAAGGUGUCUUGGCAGAUGGAAAAGUGGUAGCUGUUAAACAGCUAAAAAUUGGUGGUGGACAGGGAGAGCGUGAAUUCAGAGCAGAAGUUGAGAUAAUUAGCAGAAUACACCAUCGUCAUUUGGUCUCCCUGGUGGGUUACUGUAUAUCAGAGCAUCAAAGAUUACUUGUCUACGAAUACGUCCCAAAUGACACUCUUCAUUAUCACCUUCAUGGUGAGGACAGGCCCAUUAUGGGUUGGGCAACCCGACUGAAGGUUGCUGCUGGUGCAGCUCGUGGACUUGCUUACCUUCACGAAGACUGCCAUCCCCGAAUCAUUCACAGGGAUAUUAAAUCAUCAAACAUCCUUCUUGAUAGCAACUUUGAAGCUCGGGUUGCAGAUUUUGGGCUUGCAAAGUUAGCAUUGGAUUCAAAUACUCAUGUAACCACACGUGUGAUGGGAACCUUUGGUUACAUGGCUCCAGAAUAUGCAACAAGUGGCAAGUUGACUGAAAAGUCUGAUGUUUAUUCCUUUGGGGUUGUGCUUUUGGAGCUGAUUACGGGUCGCAAGCCAGUGGAUGCCUCUCAGCCAUUGGGUGAUGAGAGCCUAGUUGAAUGGGCUCGUCCAAUACUUGCUCAAGCACUUGAAGAUGAAGAGUUUGAAGGGUUGGUAGAUCCAAGGCUGGAAAAGAACUAUGUUGGAAAUGAAAUGUUUCGGAUGAUUGAGGCAGCUGCAGCUUGUGUGCGUCAUUCAGCUGCAAGAAGGCCAAGAAUGAGUCUGGUGGUGAGAGCAUUAGAGUCUUUGGAUGAACUUUCAGAUCUCACCAAUGGAAUGAAACCUGGCCAAAGUGAACUAUUUGAUCCAGCGCAACAAUCUGCACAAAUUAGGAUGUUUCAAAGAAUGGCAUUUGGUAGCCAGGAAUACAGUUCUGAGUUCUUCAAUCAAACAGAGAGUAGCUGGAGGAGUGGAGAGCAUGGAUACCGGAGAAACCCUUCAUCUGCAAAUGCAUCAGGUGUGUGGGGCAGUUGAGAUCAAUUUACGGCUGACUAUGGCAAAUACUAUACUUUCAAUUUGUGCUUGAAGGGAUAACUUUUCUCCAUCUACUUACUUAAAAAAAGAAAGAGUGAACUGCUCUCCAUCUUGGGAUCAGAUUUGAGGCACGCAAUUACUUUGCAAUCAGGUCGUGCUGCUUGUUCAAUGUAAAUCUCAUGCAUCGUAUUUGCUCCAGUUCUUUGUUCUCUUAACUAACAAUUUUUUUGUUAUAAGGGUCCUUGAUUUUGUAUUCUUUAUUAUAUAUCUAUAGAUACUUGAUACACUGUUUUUUUGUAUUCUUUAUAUUGAUUUAUUCAAGCUCUUCGUU